AUGAGUGUGCCUGCCGACGUUGCAUCUUUGAUUAGUGACAAGUACAAGAGUGCUUUCGAAAAUGGUAAUUUAAAGUUCCUCCAGACUGAAACUAAGAAAACGAAGGACCCAAAAACCGGUAUGCCAUACUUGAUUAGCCAUAUGCCAAGUUUGAUCCAAAAACCAGAACGCGGUCAAACUGCAGAAGGAGAAGAUCCCUUAGGCAAAGCUGAGGAAGAAUUGACAGUUAUCCCAGAAUUUGGCGGUGCCGACAACAAAACGUACAAACUUUUAUUAAACAAAUUCCCCGUAAUCCCUGAACACACCUUAUUGGUAACCAACGAAUACCAACACCAAACCGAUGCUUUAACUCCAACCGAUUUGUUGACUGCCUACAAGUUGGUGUGUGCCUUAGACGAUGAAGAAGCUGACAAAAGACACAUGGUCUUUUACAACUCAGGUCCAGCAAGUGGUUCUUCAUUGGACCACAAACAUUUGCAAAUUUUGCAAAUGCCUCAAAAGUUUUUCACCUUCCAGGACAAACUAUGUAAUGGUAAGGAACAUUUUCUACCAACUUUCAACAGUGAACCAUUGCAAGAUGCCAAAGUUUCCUUUGCUCAUUUCGUCUUGCCCAUGCCAGAAUCCGAAGAAACUGUUGAUGAAGACCUAUUGGCCAUGUGCUACAUCUCCAUAUUGCAAAGGGCCUUGACCUUCUUCCAAGAUUGGAUGAACGAAAAUCCAGAUCUAAAGAAAUCCUACAACUUUAUGUUAACCAAACAAUGGAUUUGUGUUGUUCCACGUUCCAAGGCCUUUUCUGAUGAGAUUAAAAUAGGUUUCAACUCCACCGGUUACUGUGGUAUGAUCUUAACCAAAAACGAUGAAGUCUUCUCCAAGAUAACUGAAAAACCUGAACUAAUUAACGAUAUCCUAUUGGAAUGUGGUUUUCCAAACACUUCUGGUCAAAAACCAAACGAAUACAACUACUAA